ACAAAGACCCACAUUGCCCUUCAAUAUUGUGAUUCUCUAUUCAUAUCCCUUCAUCUUUUCAUUAGCUUUUUCAUCUCUAGCUAUUCCAUCCCAAAAAAAAAAAAAAUUUCCCCUCUUCAUCAUUCAUCAUAUAACAAUGGAAGCCUUCUUAUAUCAACAACACCAUCCUUUCUACCUAGACCCUAUCGAGAUGUCUCUCCUCCCUCAUCACCAAAAUGGAGGAGAGCAUAGUAAUGCCUCAUCUUCUUGCUUCACUAGCCACAACUCAUCCGAAGCUAUGCAAGAAUCCUCGUCAACCUCUCUAGCGAAGAAGAGGAAGAAGUGUGAUGGUAGUUGCUUAACCUCUUGCCAACCCGAGGGUGCUAAGGUAAAUAAGAGUAAGAGAAAGAAGACUAACGGAGCAUUGAAGGGAGAAUUAGAGGAGGAGAAGAGCAAAGCUAAGGAUUCGAAGGCUUCAAACGCGACAAAUUGUGAGCCACCUUCGGGAUACAUUCAUGUGAGGGCUAGGAGAGGCCAGGCAACUGAUAGCCACAGCUUAGCUGAGAGGGUGAGAAGGGAGAGGAUAAGUGAGAGGAUGAAGAAAUUGCAAGGCCUCGUCCCCGGAUGUGAUAAGGUUAUGGGGAAGGCCCUUGUUUUGGAUGAGAUUAUCAACUAUGUUCAAUCCUUGCAAAACCAAGUUGAGUUUCUCUCAAUGAAGCUUGCUUCAGUCAGUCCCAUUUUGUAUGACGCCGGUGUGGGCUAUGAGGCCUUCAUGAGUCAACAAGAGGAAAUGGGGAGCACAUCACAACAAAUGUCCACAGCAUUUGAGAGAGCAGCAAACAGCCAACUGCAAGUGAUGAACCCUGCAGCUCCUUUUCCUCUUCAUGGGCAAGGGCCACCAAAUACCUUGAUCUCUCAGGACAGUGGGAGUUUUCUAAUGCAAGUGGAGCUCAACAACAUGUGCUCUUUCCAGUAGGGGAAAUAACUUGGGAGCCUCACAAUUAAACAUCUGGCUUGUGACCAAUAGAGAGAGUGCAUUGAUGAGCUAGGCCAAAUAAAAGCCAAAAAUUAAAUUGUGGGGAUCCCCUUGUACGUAGUUGUUGGACCAUUGAACCAGUGGAACUCUAUUUCAUUAUUAGGAAAAGAUUACUAAUUAGCUAGCUCAGUAGUAUGGUAAUUUUUCGUAGUGAACGGGAGAGGAGAGAGGAGGAGACAGUGCCUUGAGAUGUAGUACCGUGUAAAGAUGAGAAGAUCGCUGGCCAUGUUGAAAUGAAAUGUGCUCCCUUUUUCCCUUUCA